UGGCCGUGGCAGAACACUGACAUUCCUGUCUUGCAGGAAAUCACGCACAGAACUAGCAGUAUGGCUGGUGGCAUUGUCAUGCUCGAGGGUCAUGUCAGGAUGAGCCUGCAGGAAGGGUACGACAUGAGGGAGGAGGAUGUCUUCCCUGUAACGCACAGCGUUGAGAUUGCCUGCAAUGACAACAAGCUCAGUCCGAUGAUGCUGUGACACCCCAGACCACGACCGACCCUCCACCUCCAAAUCGAUCCCGCUCCAGAGUACAGGCCUCGGUGUAAUGCUCAUUCCUUCGCAGGAAAACGCGAAGCCGACCAUCACCCCUGGUGAGAGACAACCGCGACUCGUUAGUGAAGAGCACUUUUUGCCAGUCCUGUCUAGUCCAGCAACGGAUGGUUAAUGCCCAUAGGUGACGUUGUUGCCGGUGAUGUUUGGUGAGGACCUGCCUUACAACAGGCCUACAAGCCCUCAGUCCAGCCUCUCUCAGCCUAUUGCAGACAGUCUGAACACUGAUGGAGUGAUUGUGCGUUCCUGGUGUAACUCGGGCAGUUGUUGUUGCCAUCCUGUACCUGUCCCGCAGGUGUGAUGUUCGGCAGUACCGAUCCUGUACAGGUGUUGUUAUACGUGGUCUGCCAAUGCAAGGAUGAUCAGUUGUCUGUCCUGUCUCCCUGUAGCGCUGUUUUAGGCAUCUCACAGUACGGACAUUGCAAUUUAUUUCAAUUUAUUUUGGGAGAUGAAAAUCCUUAGCAAUACUUUGAAGACAUUUGCAGGAGAUGAGUCUGCAAAAGUCCUGACAUUUUUCCCCAUCUUUUUCUUCAACCAAUAUAACAAAGGGCACUAAGGAACACAAUAGUCGGAAGUCUCUACAGAGUCAUGUGUAGGUCUGGAGGUCCUGGGUUUCUGUCAAGGAAAAGGCGCUGUUCCUACUGUUAAUUUAUGGUACACUGAGCUGUGUCUAUGAUACCACAGCGACUCAAGUUGAUCCUGUUGACUGUGGUGAGGUCAAAGAGAACUGUAGCUGCGUCACAAUGCUUCUCCCCCCUCGCUAUGCCUCUGGGGUCACAGCUGAGGAGGUCUAGAGAGUGUAGGGGUCAUGGGCAACUGGGGAGAGGCAAGGACAGUAGCUCAGAGAAAAACACCAUUCGGUCUGGCCCUGGUCACAAACACACUUUGCUGGUUCUCUACCACUGCACAUUCCUAUGGCUUCUGAUGUUGAUGCCGUAAAAUGUGAAUCUAAGAAUGAUGGCUCGUUGGGAACCUUUGAGGACUUGGCUCAGGAGUACUCAGAGUAUUACAGCACUUCUCUCGCUGACGUCCAAGACAGAAUGGAGGAGAUCUGCAAACUCAAACUUGUACAAGUUGCAGAGUCAGAGAUGGAAAAGGUUGACUUAGUGACCACAUCACUGCAGCUUCGCUCACAGAUCCAGGAUUCACUAGGGCUGAGCAGCAGUAGCACUGUGUCCACUCCCGAGACAGAGCGAAGGUUGUCCAUGCAUAAAUCAAGUCCUGAGGAUGCGUCAGGGGGAAAAUGGGACGGAAAGAGACUGAAAAACAAGUCAUUCUGGCAGAAUUUCCGGAAGUCGCAGAAAGGUGUCGUGCGGCAGACCACGAGAGGUGAGGACAUAGGUUUUGUAGCCAGUGACAUCACUAUGAGUGAUGAAGAGCGCAUCCAGCUGAUGAUGAUGGUCAAGGAGAAGAUGAUAAGCGUGGAGGAGGCCUUGGCAAGGCUGAAAGAGUUUGAGAGCCAGAACAGACAGAACUGCAGCACUGAUCUUACAGAAUGGCCUGAUGCGCCCAGUCCAACCCUGAACGAGUCCUCCAACUGCAAUCCAGGUGAGCAGUCGGAGGGUGAACAGGAGGAGUCUGGGACGUUCAGACGGCUCCAUAAGCUGGUCGGCUCCACUCGCAGGGUCCGCAAGAAACUCCUCAAGAUCGACGAGUCCAAGAAGCCUGAGUCUGACGAGUCUCUGAGUAUGGCUGGGCCUGUCCUGGGUGAUGCCAUGUCCUCUCUGUCCCUGUACUCUGGGGUUCAGAAGAAGCAGUCUGGCGGGUGUCACCACGUUGACUCCCUGGCCUCCGCCUUGCGCGACCAGCUGACUCAUGACCUUCAAGACUCAGACAGCCUGACCACCUCCCCCUCCUCCUCCUCCUUGGACACCUGCAGCAGCAACACACACACCCGCAGCCUGGAUACAGUCUCCAGCACCAGCCAGCGACUGUCCACAGCCUUCAGUAAGACAGGAGGAUCCAGCCCAGCCUGUAGCCCAGGGAGAUGCCCCAGUGGCGACGUGAGGGCCGGGGGUAGUGGUUCUUCCCUGUCAGAGAUAGAGGUUGGUGGUGGAGUGGAUGGACCCAGGAUGGCCCGGUCAGUCACGGAUGGAGAGAUCAGGAGAGUAAUCGGCCCACUCAGCUACCAUGGGAGAACCUGUAGCUUUGGUGGGUUUGAUCUGACCAACCGGUCUCUGCACAUGGUCAUCGGAGAUCAGGACCUCACUAACAAAGAUGGGGAUGCCAGUGUGAAAGGUGUAGUCAAGUCUCCACAGACGAACCAUCGAAUCUCUUUGGGCAAGAAAGUGAAGUCCGUGAAAGAAACCAUGAGAAAACGCAUCUCCAAGAGAUACCACUGCGCUCUCUCUGAACAGUUAAGCCCAGACCGUAUGUCCAGCGGGCCCCAUUCCCCCCACAGCCACACAGACACAGAGUCACUGGAGAAAAUCAAGCUGAAGGCUGGAGGGUCAGUGGAGAGCCUGAGGAGCUCCCUCAGCGGACAGAGCUCCAUGAGUGGUCAGACAGUGGGCACCACAGACUCCUCCAACAGCAACAGAGAGAGUGUGAAGUCUGAGGAUGGAGAGGAGGAUGAACUUCCCUACAGAGGACCCUUCUGUGGUCGAGCUAUGGUGCACACUGACUUCACCCCCAGCCCCUACGACACUGACUCUCUCAAACUGAAGAGAGGUGAUGUGAUUGACAUCAUCAGCAAGCCUCCAAUGGGGACGUGGAUGGGCCUGCUGAACAGUAAGGUGGGAACAUUUAAGUUCAUCUACGUGGACGUUCUGGCUGAGGAGGAAGACAAACCUAAGCACACCCGACGGAGGAGGAAGGGACGGCAGCCCAAACCCACAUCUGUUGAGGAACUCCUGGAACGCAUCAACCUCAAAGAGCACCUGCCCACUUUCCUCUUCAAUGGCUAUGAGGACCUGGAUACCUUUAAGCUUCUGGAAGAGGAGGAUCUAGAUGAGCUUGACAUCGGAGACCCUCAGCACAGGGCUGUGCUGCUCACCGCUGUGGAGCUUCUGCAGGAGUAUGACGGUAGCAGCGACCCGGACCGUAGCAGCCAGACAGGGGGUUCUCAGGAGAAGCUGUUACUGGACCGCCGGGGCCCACUGGGGGACUCUCCACGAGACUCUGGCUGCUACGAGAGCAACGAGAAUCUGGAGAACGAAGGGAGGUUCAAAAAGACGUCUUCUUCCUUGAGUAGGUCCUCGUCUGGUUUUCAACCCAGUCACCUCCCAUCCCCAGAGUCCACCGGCCUCCCCCUCACCCCGACCCACCCCAGCAAGACCACCUUACAGACCAGACCAGAGCACCAGUCCACUACCUUACCAUCUCUAGGAGCCUCCAUGACCAGCUGCAACCUUCUGAGCACAGGCUGGAGCCAGACCCAUCACAGUCACACCCACAGAGCAAUGCCACUGAGGAGCUGGAGCUGUGGUAACCUGGGCUUGGCAGGUAAGCCUACUCCCACAGCCCUGGGACAGCCGAGACCCUGCCUCCCGUUGGGGGAGCUUCACUCAGACCAGGGCCUCCACACCACUGAUCUCCACACCCUGGAAGACAUGAAGCCAGCUCAUACCACCAUGUCCAAGGCUAAGGGACAGGGCUACCCUACACAAGAGGAGGCCUUACAGCAGUUGUUGACACACUCUGAAGGAUCUUUCCUGCCCUCACAACCACUGCUCACCUCACCUUGUAGUGUUCUGUCUGAUACGUUCGAGUUGGACAUGGGAGUUCCCAGGUUAACAGACCUCCUUCCAUACACACACCUCAAAAUAUCUACUCCAGGACGUAGACCCAAGCAUCGUUCAGCCAAGCCUUUCCUGUCAAACCCAUGUAUACCAUCGUCACCCCCAGCAAUGACCAGUGACAGUGGCAGUGCCUAUAAACUCUUCUCUAUAGAUGGCGCCUCUUUAAAGGAUGAAGUUAUUACAGAGGCAACAACCAAACCGUGCAGCUCAGACCUGGCAACCCAAACCUGUAUCUCGGACUGUGACCUGGCAGACUCUCCUUUCCAGUCUGAAGCUCACAGGACGCAGCCUGCUGGGGGAAUGGAAACUAUGCCUGUCAGGUCAGUCAACCUGGGACCCCUCCUGGAGGAAAGACUGGAGUCAGAGGGGAUAAAUCUGACAGCGGAGCCCUUCUCUGACAAGUAUGGUCGCUAUGGAAUCCCCCAGUCUCUGGUCCAGAGGUACGCCACUGACCUGAACCAGCCUCUAACAGAGACCAUGUAUGCCUUGGACCUGCUCAGACUCUCACAGCUCCGCAAGCAGCAGCGCAUGGCAGUGUGUCAAAAGCCACAGACCCUAGCGCUUGGACUAACAGCAGUGACUGACAACUGACACGAAUAUAAUUUACUGCAGUUUACCGAGUUUCCUAUCAAGGUGUCAUAUCAAGUAAUUUACCUUUUUGAUUUUAAACUAUUAUGAACAUUUCUAAGCUAUUAUGAACAUUUCUAAGCUAUCAUGUUAAUAGUGUACAUGAAAUACUGUGACUGACUACUGAUUUAUUAUUGUUUUCUUCAUUUAAAUAUUUUAUAAGUUUGAGUGCCAUUAAAGCAAUACAAAACAUUUUCAAUGUACCUUUUCUGGAAAGUUAAAAUCUAUAAAAAAAAAUCGGAGACAUCUGAACAUGUCGUCUUAACAUUCUGUAUACACCCCUUGACCUAAGGGUCAAAAAUGACCCGCCUUCACUAAACCCCUCAAAUAAAGCAGCUUAAUUGAAUUUUAAACUUAAUUCUAUUUUGCAUGAAGAAACAACCUGUCAUUCAUCACAAACUUUGUGAAUAUCUGGGAUUUCCCUCUUCACAAUGCAGAAAGACUGCAUUUAAUCAGUGGACAGCACUUGUUUUUAUUACAACACACCUGUCAUAAUUA